AUGAGUUCCGACGAUGAGUUCCAACAAUUGGUGGAUAGGGAGUUCGAUGAACUCGUUCAAGAGGUGCAACGGGAAGCAGAAGAGGAGGAGGCGGCGGCGGCGGCGUUCGUUCGCCCGUUCUAUCAUCGGCGGACCAUCUGGCGUGACCAUGUCGGGGCACACCGGCGGUUGAUAGAAGACUACUUUGACGAUAACCCCCGUUACCCAGCAGAGAUUUUCCGUCGCCGCUUCAGAAUGUCGCAACGGCUAUUCAUCCAUAUAGCGACUACAUUGGCGCAGCGGUCUCAGGCCAUCUUCGGUCCGGAGUAUCUACGAAAGCCAAAUGCCGAUGAGUGCCAGAGAUUGAUAGAUAUGCACGGGCGAGUGCAUAAUUUUCCGGGGAUGAUGGGCAGCAUCGAUUGCAUGCACUCGGAGUGGAGGAACUGCCCGGUUGCUUGGAAGGGGCAGUUCACAUCUGGAUUCAAAGGAAGACACCCAACAAUGAUACUGGAAGCUGUUGUUGACUACCGAAUGCGAAUCUGGCAUGCCUAUUUUGGUGUCGCAGGGUCGAACAACGACAUCAACGUACUGGAUUCGUCCCAUCUCUUCAAUGAUGAGUGUCGGGGUGAGGGUCCGACGGUCAGAUUCAUGGCCAACGGGACGCAGUACAACAGGGCAUACUACUUAGCCGAUGGGAUAUACCCUCGUUGGCCCGUGUUUGUCAAGACGAUCCGGCAGCCGGUUGGGCCGAAACAAACCUAUUUUGCGGCCAAACAAGAGAGUGCUAGGAAGGACGUUGAGCGUGCUUUUGGUGUCCUCCAAUCGCGAUGGGCCAUUCUUCGGUGCCCGGUUCGACAAUGA